CAUGGAAUAUUGGGUGUUUUUAAUACUUCCGCUUUACGGCCAUGAUAUCUUAGUCAGUUGGAUUUCUCUUUAUUUUUAACCGAGCUAGAUCUCUUGUGGUCAACUCCCCUCCAAGUACUAAAUACUGGGCAGACGUGAAACUGCUGAUGCUUUGGAUGUUUUCGAGACUCUUGAAAGCCGAGGGAUAAUUUCUGAAACGAAGUACACAUUUUUGCUAUCACUUCUCACCGAACUUAAAAGAGAUGACUUGAAGAAGACGUUUCUGCAAAGAAUGAAUCCUGGUGAUGGUCAAUCUCCCGCUCAGAACUCACUUCCAGGUGGCAAUACAUGUGCACUGACGACAUUUGGCCCUGACCAUCAACAAGGAACUCUCAAGCCUCCGGGUCAUUUUACUCCCACUUCCCCACACGAUAACCAGGAGGGUCCUAAGACUCUAAGCAGUAUUCCUGGUGGGCCAUCUCCUGCUGGCCAGAGUGACACCAAGAGAAGAUCCUACAGUGUUGAUGGUUCUCCUAUCUCAAAUUCUGGAGAUGGUCAGUCAACACAGCAGAGGUCACUUCCAAGAUCAGCCAGCCUUCAGAAUAAGCAAUCCUCGCACGUGGCUGCUCAUCCCAAAGUCCGGGCAUCUUCAUAUCAUGGAGAAGAGUUUGCUGCUAACAUUUCAAGUCCAGGAUCUGGCUUCGGAAGUGCCGAGAAGGAAAGCUCUGUUAAUUUGGUCCAGGGGAGCAGUGUCGACAGGCUGAUGGGGAACAUGACUCUGCAGGAGUCACACCAAUUGAUGGAAGCAAGUAAAAGUCCGGGAUGUCCAGAUGAUGAUGACAUCGAGAAUCAUUCACACAUGCAAGUGGGACCCAUAAGCCCAUCAUCAAAAUCAGGCACUGGCCAGGAUGGAGGCUCACCAACUCCACCCUGGCCAGUGACCCCGGUGAUGACAGGUUCCCAAGGAAGCAAUCCAUGUGGGAUGUCAUUUUCGCCUCAGGAUCUGGGAUCGAUGACUUGGCCCUUGAAGAAUCGAUCUGAGAAGAAAGGAUGCAACAACCGUCGUAAAGUUAAGAAGAUGGAGCCCAUGAAAGAACUGGAGGCAAUGAAUGAGGCCCAGCGACUCGACAGGAUCCAAGAGAAACAAAAUGAUAUAUUGGAGAAGACACAGACGGCAGAGGAAGGGGCAGAACAGCAGCCCAUGACCAAUCUCGACAAAAUCACCAUACACUGCAAGGAGUGCUCCGCUCUCGUCUGCAAGGCGUCAGAGCUCAGACGAAAGGGGGAUGCUGGUCCCGUGACCUGUACUAGUCCAGAGUUAAACAGAUGGAUGGAGCAGGUGAGGUACAGGACACUGCAGCGUAACCGGAACAGCGACACAGUUGGUGUCAUAAAAUGCGGCACUUUUUACUGUGGCAACCAGUUAGGCACUCUGCAGCCACAGGAGGGAUACGACCUGAACGCUCAGAGCGUCAAGGUCAUCGAUGAGAUGGGCGGCGUCACAUACCCCGUAGAGUGGGAGGAGACAGGUUUUCAGGUCGUGCAAGGUUAAGAGUGAAGCCAUUUCCGAUUCCUGCCAAACCAAAGUAUUCCAAGAUAUAAGACAUAGUUUAUAUAACUUUGGCAUUUAAAACUGACAGUAAAUGGAGUGAGUAUCACCUGCAUUAAUUUGGACAUUAAACGGCGGUUGCGACUAUCAAUCAUAAGAACUUAUUACAGAUCAGAGCAUCUGGAUAUAACAGAUGUCAAUGGAAAAUUAAUACACAAAAUUGCACCAGUCUGAAAUUAAAAGUUGAAAUAAAUAGUUCGUUUCGAUCAGCAAAUAGAGUUUUGAAGAAAUACAACUUUUGCCAACUGACACGAAUGUAACAAAUAUGAAAUAUAUUUUGCUAUAAUCCAAUCUUUAAUUACUAGUUUAUCUGUCAAUAAUUUUAAACUGUGCUGCAUCAUGACGGAUACAUGUGCAUUGCUUGUUAUUUCUUUCUGCAUUGUUCUACGAUAAGCAUGGAUUUGAACUCUGAAUCAAUAUAUUUGCCUUUUCUUUCACUGCUUCUUUAACCUUUAGGCCUAUAUGUGCAAUUGCUAUGCUUGCCAAAGUAGGCCACACGUAGGCUUUUGUUUUUUGCUCAGCCACUGAAAUCAUGUAUCAACAAAUCUGCAAAAUGACUGUUUGCCAAAUAGAGCUUUAUUCUUCAAAUAUAGUAAGGUUUUUGGAUUUUAAAUGAUUUUUUUAAAUGUUAGUAUAUUACUGUAUGUUAGAUUCAUUUAAAUGUGUGAAAUGUUCAUGUGAAGUCAUCCAAAGCAAGUACCAGUGGAAAAAAAAGUUUGGGCGCGGCUUGCACUCUGCCACUUUUAUCUCAAUCUAAUGUUCCACUUUUAACAGAUGCACAUUACAAAAUAUGAGACACAAGCUUCAUUGUUUCAUCAAUUAACAGUGGUAGCACGAUACAAGAUGAGUUGAAAUUGUAGCGGCACCUCUCGCACGCCGGAAUAGGGGACGGGGCCGGGGCCUCCAAAGGGUGAAGAAAUUAACCUUAAGUAAGGGAUGGUUCGGACCAACAGUACUUAUCACUAGCAUGCCUUACACCACUCUAUCUUGCUUCCCUCUAGUACACUACGUAUCAACGGACACCAAGGAUAGCAUAACAAGCUAACAAAUAACCCUAUAAAAAUCAAUAUAAAAACAAAAUACUAAUUAAUUUAUAUGCAUAUUACAUUUUAUCAUAUAAUUAUAUUACAUUUACUUAUAUUGUUGAUG